GAGACACACCGCAAACAAAAUAUUUCAAAUUCUGAAAGCAGUCGGUCGGACUGAGUGAAGUGGAAUCGGAGCUGAAACACCCCAAGAGCGAUAAAGACUGUGGACGCGCACUGCGUUAAGGGGAUACCGGUGUAGUUAUGUCAAACACAUCAUAUUACGCGAUUUCUGAAACUGAGCCUGCGAAGCACUCUUCCCUUUUCAGUUUUUGGAGCGCAGCGGGCAGCUUUUAAUUCAUGCUAUAUUGUCCCUCGGAGACAGGCGUGUGGUGUAUGUUGCCUAGCAAUUACAAGUUAAAUGGUAUUUUGGAGAAGUCAGCAUUAAGAAAAUAAAUAUUGGAGCACCGGACCAGUCGCACAUCGGAAAAGCAAUACUUGAGAGGACUGUUAUGAAGAGGGGUUGAGAAAGGACGAUGCAAAGGCUGUCAACGCUUUGAAGUUCGCGAGACCCGACCUCAAUCUCUGACCGACUUUCAAUCGGCCCACUGAAUUAAUUAUUGGAACCUGUCAUGUUCGUUUAAUGUACAUGGAGAAGAAGAGUUAUUUACAUGUAGGCUAUUAUUAAAACCACGCAAAACGCGGUACCCUGGAAAAGUCCAUUCACUGGAAUAUAUAGCGUUGUAAAUACAGAAGGAAAUAGACUACUGAACUACAUAGUACAACCAAUAUUUCCGAAGAGACGUUUGAAUUUCCUCUGAAAUGGACUGACACCGAUCAAAACAAACGUAUCUCGAUAAGAUAAUGACCGGCAAUUUAGAGGCUUAUUGGGACUUCAGAGUUGAGAAAAUGCAUAACGAUAAGUAACUGACUGACAGUUGGUGUUUCAUGUGUGCAAGAUUCAUUCCAAAAGUGGUGUGAUAUCCUCUCUUGUUGAUGAUUGAGUAUCCCUACUCUGGUACCGGAGGCAUCUCGUGGUAACACAGUAGCUGCGGCAAGGAAGGAGUGGAGUUUGGAGAAAUCAGCAAAUAAACGCACAGAAAAAAUGUGGCUGCGAAUUCUUCCGCAGGUGUUGACCAUCUGGGCUGUGGUGAUUUCCGGGACAACGGCUGACCUGACCUGCGAUACACUGCUACUGCUGUCCACCAAUCUCACUGCACGUACAUUGGCACUGUGGAAUCUGACCCUCACACCCAGCAAUGUCACCGCCGGCCUGUUCUGUAACAUGUCCAUCGAUCCCAUCGGUACCUGCUGGCCCAAGAGCACCGCAGGGGAGUGGGUGUUACGGCCAUGUCCAGAGAUGUUCUAUGGCGUCAAAUACAACACCACCAACAAUGUGUAUAGAGAAUGCCUUUCCAACGGGUCUUGGGCCGUGAAAGGCAACUACACCCAGUGUCAAGAGAUUCUCAAUGAGAAAAAGAGCAAGCUGCACUACCACAUAGCGGUGAUCAUAAACUACAUGGGACAUUGUAUCUCUCUGGCAGCCCUGCUGGUGGCCUUCAUCCUCUUUAUGAGGCUGAGGAGUAUCCGCUGCUUGAGGAACAUCAUCCACUGGAACCUGAUCACAGCUUUCAUCCUGAGGAACGCCACUUGGUUCGUUGUACAGCUCACCAUGAACCCUAAGGUGCACGAGAGCAAUGUGUUGUGGUGCCGGCUGGUCACGGCAGCCUAUAACUAUUUCCACGUGACAAACUUCUUCUGGAUGUUUGGGGAGGGCUGCUACCUGCAUACAGCCAUCGUGCUCACCUACUCCACCGACAAGCUACGCAAGUGGAUGUUCAUCUGCAUCGGGUGGUGCAUCCCUCUUCCAAUCAUCAUUGCAUGGGCCAUUGGCAAGCUUUACUACGACAACGAAAAGUGCUGGUUUGGGAAGAAGGCAGGAGUGUACACAGAUUACAUCUACCAGGGCCCAAUGAUCCUGGUGUUGCUGAUCAACUUCAUAUUCCUCUUCAACAUUGUGAGAAUCCUCAUGACCAAGCUGAGAGCCUCCACCACCUCAGAGACAAUACAGUACAGGAAAGCGGUGAAGGCCACUCUGGUGCUGCUGCCUCUCCUGGGCAUCACCUACAUGCUAUUUUUUGUCAACCCUGGAGGGGAGGAUGAGGUCGCCCAAAUAGUCUUCAUCUACUUCAACUCCAUUCUGGAGUCUUUUCAGGGCUUUUUCGUGUCAGUGUUUUACUGCUUCCUGAACAGCGAGGUGCGUUCUGCGGUUAGGAAGAGAUGGCACCGCUGGCAGGACAAGCAUUCAAUCAGGGCUCGAGUGGCGCGCGCCAUGUCCAUCCCCACGUCGCCCACGAGGGUCAGCUUCCACAGCAUCAAGCAGUCAUCGGCUGUUUGAGGACCAACAAAACUCUGCUUUGGCUGAAAGCCCCCGUCUAACCUCUCACCGCCAACCACCCCUCCAACAUGUCCACCACAGCAGAGCACCUCUUUUCCCUCUUCUCUCCAAACCAACCGAGGGAAACAGCUACCGCACCGUGAUGGUUCAGACAGGGUACACUUGGUCUGUAAUACCAACCUCACAGACCCCCUCCCAGGGGAGCGGUGACCUCUUUAGUCUCUCGCCUGCUGAUAUAUUGAGGUAUGUUCGCUCAGUGCGUUCCCUCCGAAAGCUACGGAGGCUCAUGAUGACAAUGGCCAAACAAAGUAAUGUCAGGAGCUGACUUUUUGCCAUAAGGCGUUGGCAGAUUCAAUUGAGAGGUGACGUUUGAUGUCAGAUCUAUUUUUUUCACCUGUUCGUCAGUAAAUGUAGUGUUCUCUUAUUGUUUUUUAUUCUGCAAAAUCCAGAAGUUGGAGUCCAAAUGGAUGGAGUUGGAGUCCAUAACAAGACUUUGAGAGUGGGAAGAAAAUGGUACUGGGGCACGUGCUUGUAUCAGUGUCAAAUACAUGAUACCUGUUGGACUGACCUGUUCAAGAUCAUAGACACAACCAUUUGAUUCUUUUUCCUUUGCGUGUUUUUAUUUUCUGUAGAAUUUUUUUUAAACUUUGAGUUGGCUAUGCUUGCUGGCGCUGCAAAGGGAAUGACUGCCAUGGACCAUUCAUUUCAGGUCUGUCCAGACUGCUGUCUCUAGAAAACAUUCUCCCUUUCCUUCCUGCUGUUUUUCUGAUGGAUCUUCAUGGAGACCCUGUUCCGAUGUGAAAUCUUUGGCCUCCAUUGAAGAUGGAUGCCUUUCCCAAUAUCCGUACAGCAACAACCAAGGCAUUGUGCACGCGGAAAAAGGGGACGUGACGUUAUCCAACACUGUUGCUAAUGUGAAUGAACUGUGAAAAUUGGUACCCACUUGUCAAAGUAAUGUUCUGUUGAGUGAGGUUGUAAAAGGUGUUAAUUUUCAACUGGAUAAGCACUCCUUUAUGAAAGCACUUUUAUUUAUUUCAAAUUCCAAAAUUACCAGCACCGUAGUAAGACACCGUCCACUUUAGCAUAGCAUUGUUAAAAGCCAGAUUGGGAUAAAUGCCAAUUAUUAUUUAAAAAAAGAAAAUAAUUGGGCUAGAUAUGUUAAGGUCUGAGAGGAACGUGGAUGUUUUGGUUGAUUCAUCUCUACAACUUGCGUAUCUUAUCUGUACUAAAUCCAGUGGGUACUGGUAAUACUUUUUCUUGAGCCAUCCAUUAUGAAGGACCAUCAAAAAUCUGAUCCUCAUUCCAACUCAUUCCAGAACAUAAAACCAUUUAUCAGAUAUUGUCAUGCACAUAGCACAACUUUAUUUUUUAAAUUACACAUUCAUAAGUCAAAGUAACUAGGAAAAGAUGAACACAAGGUCUGGAAGAUGAUUGAGUGAAUGCUGACUUCUUGUGGUUUGUUCUGACAAAGGGGAAUAGCGUGAUGCAUAUUCAGAUAGACAUUAUCUAGACAGGACCAGUCUCAAAUGUAUUGCAGUAGGAUUCACCUCUCUCUCUCUCUCUCUCUCUCUCUCUCUCUCUCUCUCUCUCUGAAAAAUAUUGUGGGAGCCCUCCCAAAAAGCUUGUGAACUUGAAGCUUCAAUCUCAGGGCUCAGAGAACCAGUUGGCUUCCACACACAACCCCACACAGCACAGGAUAAAACCAAUUCAGACCAAAGUGCUACUUGGUGUUGUGAAGAUAGCUCGGCCCAGUAGGUAGAGCUGUGAGAGGACUGUGAGAGCUAUAAUGGCCACAGGGACUUCACAUCUGCCUCUCUCACAUCUCUCUCUCUCUCUCUCUCUCUCUCUCUCUCUCUCACUACACUUCUCUCUACCUCUCUCUCUCUCACACAGACCAGCAUGGUCCGCUAAUUAUCUGUACCUGCAGGGAAGUCACAGCUAGUUUGGCUGACAGCUAAGAGCCAGGGACAAUUCAGGAAAGAGAGAAGAGUACCGAAGCCUGUAUCCUGACACUGUUCCCUGCUGUGCAACAUCUCUAUGAAUGAGCAAGUGAAUGGAAGAACUGGGAAUGAAAUGAAAAGGGCUUUUGUGGUAUAGAUAGAGGCAAGGAUGGAAACUGGGACCAGCUGGGAUUUGACUUCAAAUGUUCCCCUGGCAUAGCCUUGGGAAGUAGGGGUGCUGAGGUUGCUGCAGCACUCCCUAAUAAAUCUACAUUUAAAAAAGUAUAACAAAAACAGUCAAAGCACCCCCCCAAAACAUUGUCCUGCGGCCAUGCCCCUGGGCCAUAGUGCACAAACAGGGACAGAAAAAGGGAUUGUUGAUUCGCAGAUUGUCAAUCUUGUUGGUUGUGUUCGUUGUUUUGAUGUUUUUCCUAAGGGUUUGAAAGGCAUAGAGUGCUGUUUUUCAUGUAUUUGUUCAUACAGACCUUUGUGCUUUUUUGGAACACAACUAUAUACAGUAUUUUCAACGUCAUGUCAACCCAAAAAUUCUAUGUGAUGUUUAAUCAACGUGGAAAACUGAUUGGAUUUGCAAAAAGGGAUUUCUGUAUUUUUUUCAUCCAACUUUUAACCUAAAUCUAAUGAUAGGGUGACAUUUUUGGUUGAUUUCACAUUGAAUUCAUGUUAGUUGACAACUCAACCAAAUUAAAAUUAAAACUAGAUAUUGAACUGACGUCAGUACAGUGGGUAUUCAGUUGAAAUGCAUCCUGAAGUGCUAACUGAUAUUACAUUUUGACACAUAAACAUCAUCCUGACAACUCAUCGAAAUCCAAAAUGACGCACCCUGUCACAAGACGCUGUGAUUAUUUUGCAAAGUCAUAAACAAAGCCAACCCUCCGUUGCCAGAAAUGUCUAUAGGCAACAACAAAAAAUUGGUUGAUCUGAAUCCUUUUUUUCCUCCCGGACCCUUUUGAUCAUUGGCAUAAAGCAGUCAGAAUAAAAUGUGUGAUUUCAUUGGCAAUGUUGUUUACAGAUCGCUUUCAGUGAUAGUUAUAAAACGUAUUGUCAGACAGAUGUAUCCUAUUCGCUGAAACGAAUGAUCACAAGAAUCACAGAUGCCGCUUCAUCUAUGUCUGCCUGUCACCUGUGGGCUCUGCUUUGUUACCCAGUCAGGCAUGCUACAGUCAUCUAACACACACCAUGUACUCCUAAACAGCCAGGAUAGAUUGGAGGUUAGUCUGGAAUGGAAUUGCCAAUGUAUGAUAGUGUUAUGCAUUCCAAUUCCAGGUAUCUGCCUCUGUCAUGAAAAUAUGUUACCUCAUACCUAAAUGAUUUACCCUGGAAUUCAAAAGCCAGUUGGUUCUCUGUUAUAAUGUUACAAGGACCCUGUUCUACAUCACUGUUUCCAGAUUUUGGGGACUUGUACUCCAAACACGAUGUAAUUCUAUUCUGAACACAUAUUCCAGUUAUCAUAACCAGAUGCUAUUGAAAACCUUUUCAAUCAAAUGCAGUAUUUCAGUAUUAUGUAGCAAAUUGACUUUUUGGCUAUUUUCCUUCCUUUUCCAGGAAACAGGAAUAUUUUCCUUGUUUUUAUAGGUGUCUCUCAAAGUGUGUCGCAGUCAGCAUACUUCUCUAAUAUAGUAAUUACAUUGAAAAUGGCUCUCAUUAUCCAGUAUACAGUACACAGAAUUCCAGUUAUUUGCACAAAUGCUAUUAGUGUAGUCAGCAACACCAGUGUGAUCAAAUGUUUUCUUGUUUUUCUUUGCCAUUCCCAAAAUAGUUUGUGGUCACAAACAUCCUCCAAAGACACAAGCGCAGCUAUCUAGUCAAUAGGCUGUUCUUAUUUCUUGCCCUAUUUCUUCAUUUCAAUAAGAAAUGCUGCUGCCCUUUCGAUUGUUUGUUUUGUUUUCCUUAAUUGUGCAGAGGGGAAUUGUCCGAUUGCUCUCGAUGCAGUUAUAGUUACUAUAACAACGAUGUAAGUAAGUGUUCUUUCUCGGGUAUGUACGUUGCGUUUGUCUUUAGUGAAGGUCUAAGAAGCGAAAACAUUUGUAUUUAUUUAAAUGUCACAGAAUUGUAUAUUUAUCACAUGAUUUAAAGGGUACAGCUUUUGUUGAAGGACACAGGCCAACAUUACCUUAUAACGUAGAUUGAUAAAUACAUCUAAUUAUGUCCACAAUGUGUCUACUUAAGAUUUUGUAAUGAUGAAAGGUGCGAUACGUAGGUUGAUUUUCAAUUUUGUUUGUUAUGUUUGAUAAUGUUGCAAUUCAAUUUUCUUUCCUCUUUCAAUGUCCAAGAAGGAAAAAUUAUAUUUAUUAUGUUUAUGAAACUACUUGUUCAAUGUUGGAAAGCGUUGAGGAGUUGUACAGAGUUUGUCAAAAAAAAAAUACAUAGCAAUCUAAUAAGAGAAAUGUGGAGAAAGUUCAAAAUAUAUGGAACAGUGCUACUACAUAAAUGGUGCAUUAAAAUGUGUUUUUUUAACAAA